AAUAAAAACCCUAAUUCAAAUGCAACGCCGCCCUCUCAUUCUUCCCCCUCUCAUAUUCGUUUCCUCUACACCGAGAAAGGGAAAUGGACGAGCCCUCUUCUCUGUCGAUCUAUCUCUCUCCCUCUCCUCGUUUCAGGAAGAGACGAAGAACUCGAAGAAUGGCGUCACCGCCGGCGACUGGAAGCAUGCGCUGCCGCCGAUGAUGACGGCGACGACGGCCUUAAAGUUUAAGAAAUCGACACAAAACCGAGGGGACACACCAUCUAUUCAGCCCCGUCCUCGAUCUACUCCUUCUAUUUGGAACAGAGGCGACAACGGGGAGAUCUUACCCUCUGGAAGUCGGCGGCAGCGCUGCUUGCACCAGGUCCGACGACAGAUGGUUUCGGUUUCUACGACUUAGACUAGAUUAUUGGGUGUUAGAUGCCUAGGACUAGGAUUUAGUUUUCUUUAUUAAUCUGUUUGGGUGUCCAAAUCCCAGAGUUGGGUUCGAAUUCUCUACUGGGGGUUAUCUGGCUAAAAAGCGUUUCAUUAAGAUCGAUAAAAACGUACUGGUUUUAUUAAGUUUUAAUUUGCUAAAACGAAUCCAAGGUGACCGAGGGUUAUUGCC